ACACUACCUUCGGCGUUUUGUUAAUUUCGCCGCGCCGAAACCUCGAACUGCCAAUUUUGAGCGUUUGCUUGUCCAGCGAUUGGCUCUUAGUGUUCAUCCAACAAGAAUAGGGUGUCAAAAUGGGAAAAGGUACCCCUUCCUUUGGUAAACGGCACUCCAAAUCCCACACGCUGUGCAAGCGAUGUGGUCACCGAGCGUUCCACAAGCAGCACAAGCAAUGCGCUCAAUGUGGAUACCCUUCCGCCAAGCUGAGGAGCUAUAACUGGGGCUUGAAGGCCAAGAGGAGGAAGACGACUGGAACCGGACGCAUGGCUCACAUCAAAGACGUCAACCGCCGAUUCAAGAACGGAUUCAGGGAGGGAGGCGCUGCUACCAAGAAGACCCGUGCGGAGUCUGCUUAGAUCGUCUCAUGAUUGAUUCGAUCGAGGAGCAUGUAGCAGUCGAGUUCGCCACGGUGCAUUCGAUGAUGUACAAGAUACAUUCGGCA